UUAAUCUUACAUACUUACUUACCGAUGGAUCACAAUAUUAGGAUGAGAGAAGCCGAUAUCAUAGUCAUAUAUUUACAGAACCCAAAAAAAAAAAAAAAAUUGCUGGAGUAGAAGCGAAAUCGAGCAACCAUGGGAAGACGGUCGAAUCCGAUUAGAAGAAAUUUAUAUCCCAUUAGUUUUUAGGAAGAAGAAGAAGAAGAAGAAGAAGGGGAAGAAGAAAUGGAGAAGAUGAAUAAUGCAUUGGAGAGAAUGAAGAUGCUUGUCGGAAUGGAAGUGGAAGAAGAAGAUACUACUGCUGCUUCCGACUCUUUCAUCGACGAUUUCAAUCGCAAUUGCACUUUGUCCACUAAGCAGAGGUUUUACGGAUUCGCCAUAUGCCUGGCUGCCGGAUUGACAUGCACUCUUCUGUCAAUGGUCGUGUUCUUGAAUCCCAUAAAGUUCGGAAUAACGUUCACACUUGGGAAUUUGCUUGCUCUGGGGAGCACGGCAUUCCUCGUUGGCCCAAAACGCCAGGUGACGAUGAUGCUCGACCCCGUUCGCAUCUAUGCAACCGCCGUCUACCUCGCCACUAUUAUAAUUGCCCUCUUCUCUGCUCUCUAUGUUCAUAACAAGUUUUUGACUCUGCUAGCUAUAAUCUUGGAGUUUGGCGCUUUGAUCUGGUAUAGCUUGAGCUACAUCCCCUUCGCAAGAUCCAUGGUAUCUAAGGUCAUGCUUGCAUGCUUUGACACUGAUUUCUAGGCUCUAUUAAUCUCUAAAAUGAGAUUUUGUCUUCAAACCCAGAUCACAAAAAUUGAGAUAUGGAAUGUAAAUGUCAUCUACUUUCAUAUAUAUAUAUAUAUACACUCCCUUUCUCCUGCACACACACAUUGUGCUGAACUGAGUGGUUGUAUUAUUCUGACAGAGCAAUGUUAGAGCUGAUCUACCUGUACGGUAUUAAUUGGUGAUCAAAGUAACGAUCUGUUCAUUGGUAUUCCUUUCAAGCUUUUGUGUCAUAUAUCCUUUUAUGUUAAAUAUAAUCUCCUUGAUUGGAUUUUGAUUAGAGCUCUGAAGUCUUGCGCUGGGAAAAUAAUCGGAUUACAAUAUAUAUAUAUAUAUAUAUAUAUAUAAGGGGGAAUUCUCUCGUAGGGGACGCUUGCUUUUCCAUAU